AAAAGUAAGAGCUAAAAAGUUCACAUUCAAUCCUUUAAAGCUUUAAAAGCUUCUCUCCGUUAACGAGAGUGAGGAGAAGAGUUUCAGUUCAUCGCAGAAGUUUUGAAACUGAAGUUUACACUUUAGAAAAAUACAUUUGGAAAUGAAAAGAGAAGACCGAACUGUAGACUUAUGUCAUAUAUUGUCUAUGUUUCUACAUCUAUGCUUCAAAUGCAGCCUGAUCGGUCGCGCAUGCGUAGAUUCCAGAAAGCGAUUUGCACAACGGCGUAACAGUAAAGAUGGCGGGAGCCUCCGACCCGCUGGAGGACGUGCUCUCAGACGAGGUGGACCAGAAGGCGGUCAGCGACCUCGUCGGGUCUCUGGAGUCGCAGUUGGGCGACAGAAAAACUCCCGCCGGUUCUUACACGGACGAGAACCGAGACGCAGCAGCGGCCGCUGCCGAACAUUUCUCAGGGAAAGUCUUCGACCAAGUGGGGUCCGCGGAGCAGCCGCAACAAGGGCAUCCGAACGCGGGGUCGACCCGGGAGCCCGUUCCUGGCCAAGCUCUCCCUCCAUCCUCAUCUCCGGGGCUCGCCGGUGCCGUUAACGCAUUGGGAACCAUCUUACCGGCGGCGGGCGUUCCGCUCAGACCUGGACCCGUAACUUUAAGCCCACAGCUCCCCGCCACCGCUAGCUUCCACCGGACUCCUGUUCUGGGUCCAAGCGCGGCUCCCAGCGUCGCGGAGACGAUCCGUACCUCGUCCCCCGGAUUACAGGGCUUGAACGGCAGCACCGGAGCUGGAAAGUUAGCGAGCUCACCCGGUGGGGUCAGCGCGGGGAGCGCCGCUGUCAUCGGGUCCAUAGUCACACAACCCGGUGUUCCUGCGCCCCAGUCCCCGGUGACUACAGCGGCUCAGAACGGGCUAGAGCCCAAAGCUGCACCCUGCCCGUCUGCCUCUCAGGUCCUGAACCACAGCAACCCUCUGAUGCACACUAAGGGGCUGGUGGCCGGCCAGCCCCCCUCCGGGAGCUCUGUGAUCCUGACCAGCACACCCCCUCCUGCUCCAUCCCAGUCUCCCAUCAUUCAGGUCCAGACUGGGACCAGCACACCUCCAGCUGGAGUCAAGCCUGCUAUCAACGGGGUGGUGCAGCCUGCUGUGGCUGUGGUGAGACCGCCCCUGGUCCCUGUGGAGGGAGCUGCCUCCAUCCAGCAGCAGAGACCAGGACUGGUGGCCAGUGCGACCCGAGCAACCGCCCCCCAGCCCGGGCUGGCGGUCCGGCCUCAGCAGCAGGCCACCAUCCAGCUGCCUCCAGGUACGGUUCUAUUCCGGACAGAGACGGGUCAGCUGUUAGUGCUCCCACAGCAGUUACUGGCUCAGGCCAAGAUGCAGCAGGGCCAAACUGCUGUCACUCAAAGACCAGCUGCAUCAAUGGCCGCGCCCACCAUCCGUGUCAGCACGGCGACCACGGCGCCUGGAACCCCUCCAACUGUCCGCCUGGCGUCCCCCCCCCCAACACGAAUGGUUCAGUCUCCCUCCACCCCCCCGGUCCAGGCGCUGACGGUUCCCUCCACCACUGGAACCAUGUCUGUGAAGAUGGGGACUCCUCAGAAGACAUCCACAGUGAUAACAGCGGGGGGGUCACCUGUCACAAAGCCCACCCCCUUGGCCAACACUGCCGCACCCCCUCCUGCAGCCACGCCCAUCACCAGAGUCACUGUGGUGUCGCAGGAAAUGCAGGAAAACGUGAAAAAGUGUAAGAACUUCCUGGCCACGCUCAUCAAGCUGACACCCCAAAAUUCCACCUCCCCGGAAACAUCCAAGAAUGUGAAGGCCCUGGUCCAGGACCUGCUUGAUGCAAAGAUUGAGCCUGAGGAGUUCACGUCUCGGCUGCAGGCUGAGCUGAAGUCCUCCCCACAGCCCUGCCUCGUCCCCUUCUUGAAGAAAAGCCUCCCUGCGCUGCGCCAGACUCUGCUCAACAGCCAACAGUCUUCGGCCACCGCUCCUCCCAUCACCUCAGCUACCCCUGCAGCCACCACCACCACCACCAUCAUCAGGCCACAGCUGCCUGGCAGCGCCGUCCGCCUGGCUCCGCCCAUCACAAACGCAGCAGCUGUGGUUGCUGGCAGACCAGGAGUCCAACCGAUUCAGACUCACUCGCCUGUCGUCAUCAGUCAGCCGUUCAGACAUCAAGCUUCACUCCUACGAGGACCAGCCGCUAUAGCUGGCAAGAGUUCUGCCCACCUGGCUGCUCAGGCCAAUCAGAAAAAACUCAACGACCCUGGGGGCGGGACCUUUAGAGACGAUGAUGACAUCAACGACGUGGCGUCCAUGGCUGGCGUUAACCUGAAUGAGGAGAAUGCUCGUAUCUUAGCAACCAGCUCCGAGCUUGUCGGAACCAAGAUACAAUCCUGUAAAGAUGAAUACUUCCUGCCUCCAGUCCUCCUGCACCGCCGCAUUCUGGACACGGCUAAGAGGCUCGGGGUCACUGAGGUUCCGCUGGAUGUGGUGAACCUGGUCUCGCACGCCGCUGAGUCCAGACUGCGCUCGCUGCUAGAAAAGGUUUCCAUCAUCGCCCAGCACCGCUCAGAUGGAGGAAAGGAUGAGGAGCGGUACGAGCAGACGUCAGACGUGCGUUCCCAGCUGAGGUUCUUCGAGCAACUGGAGCGGAUGGAAAAACAGAGGAAAGACGAGCAGGAGAGGGAGAUUCUGCUGAAGGCUGCUAAGAGCCGGGCCCGACAGGAAGAUCCGGAGCAGGUUCGGCUCAAACAGAAGGCUAAAGAGAUGCAGCAGCAGGAACUGGCUCAGAUGAGACAGAGGGACGCGAACCUUACUGCGCUCGCCGCCAUUGGACCUCGAAAGAAACGCAAGAUGGAUUCGGGAGAUGCCGUCACAGGUGGAGGGGAGGUGGCUUCUGGUUCUGGUUCCUGUGUGACCCAGUCCCCCCGUCAGCAGCUCCGUCAGCGGAUCACCAGAGUGAACCUCAGGGAUUUCAUCUUCUGUCUGGAGCAGGACCGCAGCUCGGCUCGGUCUCUGACGCUCUACAAGGCCCUGCUGAAGUGACCCGGUUCUGCUGUUCCAGCGCCUCUGGUCCAGUUUCAGACUGAACACACCCUAGUCCAACUAGAACCACACACGUUUGGACUUGAGUCAAGAUCCUGAACCAGGACCUUUAUCGAAACAGAACCAGAAACGUUUUCAACCCUUGUUCAAACCCAUUUGGAUCAGAACCAAUGACUGAUGAUCCGUUUUCUCUCCACACUCAGGGACGGUUCUUUUGGUUCUGAUACACCAGAAUGCUCCACAUCUGGACCUACAACAGGGUACAGGUGAGGUGGACCUUUGACUGGCUGCUACAUCCCCCCCACCGCCCAAUAGCGCUGUACCUGAACAGGUGCCUUCUGAGUGGCCCCGCCCCUCAUCAGAAUGCCAGCUUGCAUCUUUAGAGGUUCUGGUUCUGAUCAACUCAUCACACACAGGAGAGAGAGGCUGUGUCAGUCGUGUGUGUGUGUAAACCUCAAAGUUCCACUUCCUGCUGGGAGUCCAACAGCCAAUCAGCAUCAUUUGAUCAAUCAGCUGACAGAAGGAGCAGAACCGUGUCAGCAGAACUAAGCAGACAAGAACAUAGUGGAUCAGAAUCAUUUCUGCAUCUAAUGACCCACAAAUGUUCUGACCCGAACGGUUCAGAUCUGACCUACAGUGAUGACAUCAUCAGGGUCACAUGACUCAUUGACACAGACACUCCCUCAGGUUGGAUGUCCUCCUCUUUAUCAUGGUUGUCAUUGGACUGGACCUCAGAUGAAGUGGUACUGUCUGGUUCUGAUCCAGUCAGAAGGUUUUUAAGGCUUUAACAUGUUUGGGUUUAGCUCCAGAUGUUUUACACCUGUUUGUACCUUUGCUACAAAAUCUAAUAAAGUAAUGAAGAAGC